UUGUUCGGCUUUUGGUGGGUGUCAGUCGCUUAGUAAUUUUUUUGUGUGUUUAAUUAUAGAAAUAAUCAGUGAUACCGCUGCCUAAGUGAAUAGAAGAUGGUGUAAUAAUUAUGUGAUAUAAUUGUAGUAACGGUUGUGCGUUGUGUAUAAAAAGCAGUUUCUUCCGCCAUGACAAUGGUCCGUGCGCUCAGGAAGUAUCCCGCGGCACUUGCCAUUUAUUUUGGGUGUAUCGCGUUGUGUUAUCCAAUUCUAGCUCAAAAUGCACCAGAGAUACUUGAUGUGUCAUCACCUAAGGGCGAUGUGGGGAAGGAGGUCAACCUCAGCUGCAGCGCGGCGCCGGAGACGGCGGACAUUCUGUGGCUAUACCAGGGCGAGCCGGUCAAGCUUGGCGACAGGAUCAAAGUCAACACGGAAGAAAGGCAGCUACAAAAGAAAGACUUGGACGGCAAUCCGCAGAAGUUUAAAAUGUCUAAUCUGACGAUAAACAACGCGACAUCACAGGAUGCUGGUAACUACACCUGCAUCACUCAGCUGGGGGAGGCGAAGAUCGAGAGGAUCUUGCUGCUUGAUAUGAGCUUUCCCGGGAAACUGGUGAAGAAGACGCCAGGGCCCAUUAAGCAGAAUGCGACUGAUCAGGCUAAUGUCACAAUGCAGUGUGUUUUUGAAGUUUACAAACCGGGCGAAGUAAAAUGGUGGAAAAGAGCGAAAGAAGACGAAGCUAUUGAGUUAGAUUCGAGAACGGGUAAACAGCUGGACUUGAAACAAAUCGAAAGCACAUACAUCCUACAUAUAAAGAAUCCAGAAGAUAACGGCACGUACAUCUGCGAAGUGUUUGAUCCUGUCACUUCAACGAACAUCAGCGGAGAAAUCGAUGUAAUGGUCUACGCAAUCCCUUUAGUUGUCAUGGACACAGUCAUCCCAAUAAGUUCCUCACAACUGUUCUUGAACUGGACCAUCCGAGCGUACAACUCACCAAUCAAAAGUUACAAUCUAAUGUACCGAAGGUUGCCAUCAACUGACUACAGUUUAUACACGAGAGAAAAGAUCGGAGUCAAAAACAUUUCAUUUGUUAUGGAAGGUUUGGAGAAAUCAUCCUCAUAUCAACUCAAACUGGAAGUUACGACAACAUAUGGACAGAGCAAGCCACAUGUUUAUGAUACUAUAGUUAAGACUUUAGACAAAGAUCCAAUUUUUGUACCUAAUAUUACUAUUAAUGGAUUUUCGGCUACUUCAGUGACUAUAGGAUGGGCGCCUCCGCCUGAAAGUAUAGCUGAAUUGAUACACUACUAUAUAUUGGAAGCUAGGAAGAACGAUGAAUCUCCAAGACGGGCGUAUCAUUCCAGAGAUAGCAGGAAUCUACCGUACAUGUUUGAUAAUUUGGAACCGAUUAGCACUUAUAUAUUUCGGGUCCGUGCGUGUUCCGACUUCACAAAGCGCUGCGGCAACUGGUCUGAGGAGGUGAAGGCGAUUACCUUAGGGGGCACGCCGGGUCGGCCUAGCAACGUCACUAUACAUUGCUCUGGGGGGUACAUGAACCUCACCUGGGACCCCCCACUUAAACUCAAUGCGGAAAUAAAGGCGUAUAGUAUGAAUUUGAGCGGGUUAGCAAUAUUUAGAGAUCGCUUUGGCAGACUGCAAAAGGAUCCGUGGGGACCUAUGUACAGAUCUAAGACCAACGAUACUAGGACUGCACGCUUUGACGAUUUACCUCCGAACACAAACUACACGGUGCGUCUGAGCGCAGUGACGCGCACACAGCGGCGCGGCGAGGAGGAGACGAAGCACUGCACCACGCCCCCUGUGCCGCCCGCCCCACCACGCUUACGAUGGUUCAAGAUCAUUGAAAAUGAAAAGUACAAACUGAAAUUAAAUUUGCCGCGACUGUCUGAAAGAACUGGACCGAUUUGUUGUUACAGGAUAUUCAUGGUGAAGCUUCUACCUCGUACUGAAUGGAGUAAACUGCCAUCGCCGAGAGAAAUCAGCAUCGUGGAUUACGAGGAGGCGCACGGUGUACGACCCGUACUUGGCGCGUAUCUAGCUGAUGUCUUCUCACAUGAUAAAUUCCCGCCCAUGGCUGACUCAAUGGAUAUGAUAAUGGGGGAUGAUAGACCUAUCUUCAGUUCUGAUGACUCCACAUUACAUAGUGAUAUGUGCCGGCGAUGCCUCAAGCGACCUCGCCGCCCCUACUAUGACCCCCCACCCCCUAAAGUGACUGUCACCACCACCACAACACAGGCAACCACUACAGAAGAUGAACUAUUCGAUGAUGACAUGUCCACUGAUGAACCGGAGAUCAAAAGAGAUAGGAGAUCUUAUCCCGAAAUAGAAAGGACAGAUAAUGAUUACACAAGAAAUCCAAUGAUGGGUGAUAGUAUGGAAGAUGAUUUCAAAGUGAAAGACGGCCUCCUAGAUCCUGUGGCUAAUUAUACACUAUUCGUUGAAGUGAUCCCUGCGGGUCGCUUGCAAGAUGAACCAGUGUAUAGUGAAUAUGUGAACGUCCUAAUGCCUGCCCCCAACCCCAGAGGACCUUCGCCUGAUGAAACAAUACAAGUCGCUAUAAUGGUGUCAUGUGUAGUUGCGGGACUGUUGGUGGUGUUAGUGGGUGUCGCGUGUAUUGUACAUUCGCGACGUUCACACAAGCUGCCGCCACACGUACACGUCGAGAUGAACCCGUUGCAAGUCGCAUUGAGAUACGUGGUGGGGUCUUUAGGUGGUCGUCAGCAGUUGAUUACAGCAGUGCCUCCUGAUAUGCCACCCAUCGCGAAGGAGGACCUCGCAGCCGCGUAUGCUGAACGACAGGCUGACUCCGACUAUGGCUUCCAGAAAGAGUUUGAGUUGUUACAGAUGCUGCCCGAAUGUUUCCCGGAUAGGACGACGCACGCGUCUGAGGCCCGGGAGAACCAGCCCAAGAACCGGUACCCGGAUAUAAAGGCGUACGAUCAGACCCGGGUGAAGCUGUCUCAGAUCGACGGUAUAUCCGGUUCAGAUUAUAUCAACGCUAACUACGUUAUGGGAUAUAAGGAGCGGAAGAAGUUCAUCUGCGCUCAAGGACCAACGGAGACGACUGUGAACGAUUUCUGGCGCAUGAUCUGGGAACAUGGAUUGGAACUGAUCGUGAUGCUGACCAACCUCGAGGAAUACUCAAAGGUUAAAUGCUCCAAGUACUGGCCUGAUGAUUCACGAGGACCUAGAGCCUUUGGAAAUAUAACCGUUUAUCAUGUAUCGGAGAAAAGGUAUUCGGAUUACAUCGUGAGAGAGUUGAGAAUUACAAAGCAGCCUCUGAACUCUGACGGACAACCUGUCAUUGAGAAUAAUGGCAUCAAGAGAAAUGGAGAUUGCAAGGAAGCUGCGGAUGGCAGUCAUCCCAACUCACCACAGACUCGAGGCGAGUCUCGUCUAGUGCGACAAUACCACUUCCUUAUGUGGAAGGACUUCGCUGCGCCGGAGCAUUCUUACUCCAUAUUGAAAUUUAUUAAGCGUGUGAACGAGGCGUGGUGUAAUAUGGUGGGGCGACCAGUUGUGGUUCACUGCAGCGCGGGUGUGGGUCGCACUGGCACGCUAGUAGCACUGGACUGCCUGCUGGAACAGCUGCGGGCCACUGGACAUGUGUCCGUUUUCAACACUGUCGCAGAACUUAGACGACAGAGGAACUUCCUGGUGCAAUCUCUGAAACAAUAUGUAUUCGUAUACCGAGCGCUGGUUGAGUACGCGCAUUACGGCGAUACAGAGAUUCCUGCCUCGCGCCUCAAGGCUAGCAUCGACCGCCUGCGCAAUACUCCCGAGGGCGCGGACAAGUGUCUCAUGGAGCACGAGUUUGAGAAGAUGAUGAACAGUCCAGUAGCGGAGGCUGUCAAGUCGUGCUCUGCGGGCACUGGUGAGGAGCUGCGCGUUCGCAACCGCAGCCCCGACUGUCUGCCCUACGACCGCAACCGUGUCAUACUCGCGCCCAUACCCGGCAGGGACUUUUCUACAUAUAUCAACGCAUCCUUCAUUGAAGCGUAUGACAAUUCGGAAGGAUUCAUAAUAACUCAAGAUCCGAUGCCAAACACUAUCAUGGACUUUUGGAGGAUGGUGUCAGAACAUAAUGUAGCGACUAUUGUAAUGCUCAGUGAGCUUGGUGAAGGCAAGUGCCCACGAUAUUGGGACGACGGCACAGCGCAAUACGAGCACCUAUCUGUUGAAUACGAGGAAAGCGAGUCCUGCCCGUAUUACACCAGGCGGCAGUUCAGGGUCACCAAUAAUAAGAGUGGCGAAUGGAGUGAAGUACGACAGCUACAGUACCAAGGUUGGCCGACUGCAGCGGGUCAUGUUCCUGAGGUGACUCGCGGUCUGGCUGAGCUUGCUGAGCUUGCUGCACCCCUCGCCCCGCCCACAGACACCACGCGGCGACCGCUGCUCGUACACUGCCACCUGGGCACGGAGAGGUCAUCACUGUUCGUGGCUCUGUGCAUCUUGAUCUGGCAGCUGCGUGUGGAGCGGCGUGUUGAUGUCAACUGCGUCUCGCGCAAGGUGCGCUCGCAGCGGGCGCGCACCAUAGACACCUUUUUACAAUACGAAUUUCUACAUCGUGCCAUAUUGAAUUAUGCGGAGCUGCAUAAUCUAUUAGAAGACAGCUAAGCUAAUUUGACAAGUAAAUGUCACACUUAAUAUAAUUGUAUAAGAUCGAAAGUCGCUUGGCAUGAGUUCCUUCAGUAUAGCGAUGAUGAAAAAGUACCAUUUUUUAUCUGUGCUCAA